GGCGGCGGAGUAACGGCGGUGCGCGGAGUGCGGGUGGACGCGGCCGUUGUUUCUGGAUGGAAGGAGUCGGGCACUUUUGGCAUCGUGGAGGUGGGGCAGGGACGGAGCGGAACCGCGGGGCUCGUCCCUAUCAGGAGGGCGCGCAGGGAGCGGCCGGCCCCGCGGCGGCGGUGACAGGGCGCCUCGCGGCCACCGCCGCGCUAUGACUGCAACUUUCUGCUUUCCUCCAUCACGCCUCGGAUGAUAAUAUUUUCCUCCUCCCUCCUCUGCUCCUCCCCUCUUGUGUUACACCGACAGGCAGAGCGGGGUGUUGUGGGUGUUUGCGGGGAAUAGCUGUAUGAAGGUUACGAGCAAACAAGUCCCUUCUCUGUUCCGUUCGGUUAUUGUCUGCUUUUCCUCCUUGCACUGAGAUGCGCUGCCACAAGAUGUAGCAGUUAUACAGCUGGAGAGCGGCUCGCGGCUUUCUGCUGGGAGAACUACUUGUGGCGGGGGAGAACUUUUGUGCACGCACACCCGCGUGCUGAACAGUUGUGUAAUUUCGCUCCGUUUGCCCCACUUUGAUCAAUUCCACGUAGCUUGCCUUCCGACGUCUGCAAAAUGUCGCUGGCCAGGCAGGAAACUUGAGAACUUGAAAUAGAAAUAACAGCGAGGAGCGCGGUCUUUGUUUUUCAAGUCUUCCUGUGGCUUUUUUUGUUGUUGUUGUUGCCGCUGUUGAUAAGCAGUUUGAGGGCUCGCUGACGGGGAUUCGCUCUCCCAAAACGCAGGAGGUGCUUCUCCAUUUUCCGUGCCGGCAGUUGUCAGACCGUACGGCUCCCGUCACUCCGCACGCGCCCCUCCAGGCAGGCUGACACGAAAUGCUCUAGAAAAUACCUGGAGAGGGAUUACGGUAUACGUUAAAGAUGCUGAGUAAAGUGGCAGGCAUUUUGUGCUCCUGCGCUCCUGGAAGCCGACUGGCAGCAGAACGGCCGCCCCCAGCUGAACGUGCAGCUGAUUUUAACUUUAUGAGGAGUAGGUUUCAGCUGUGUCGCAACACUCGUUGUGGAUGUGUGCAUGUCAUAUUCAUACGGAGUGCCUGUGUGGGAUAUUUUGGGAUGUAUUUCAGAUACCGGGUGCACAAGCCUGAAAUGAUUGUUGCAGCACAACAUAUGGAUAACGUAAAUAUAUGUAUUCUCUCUCUGUAAAUACAUAUUUAUUUGUUAUUUAAAGAAAACUGGUGUUCCGUAAGCAUGUCAUCUAGGCAUGGAAAAGCGGUUUUGUGCCGUUAAUUUUUAAAGCGGCGAUGGUGGUGAUGGUGCUUUUUACAUCCCUUCUCACGACUCCCGCGGUUGGAUUGUUCCGAGUGCCGUAAUUCACACUGCGCAGAUACGGGCUUUCGGAGCAGUGAAAGCCCAGCUCUGUGCGUGGUGCUGUAAUUGGCCUUAUUUGCCUAGUGCUCCCACACUGUGAUGGCCGCGUGGCCUCACCGGGCAGUUCUCUUUGGGAGUCAGCGUGAGCUGUUGGCGGGGCCCGAGUCUGUUUUUGCCGUAAGCUGGCAGGAUGGUAGCAGCGCACCUUGCUUCGUAAGGUGUGUUUUGAAAUGGAGCAUCUUGUGUGAAAGCAGUAGGCCAUCUAACGCCGAUAGGUUGGCGUGCUCGUAGGGCAUUGGCUUGUACACGUGCGAGAAUUAUGGCAGAUCAAACUAACAAGUUCAAAAUGAAACGCAGUGUAUUUAAAGGAGCCUGUGUGCAUGCUGGUUCUUGACUGGCGAGCCCAGGCAGCGCUGCCAGACAUCAUCUGUGUGUUGGAAGCAGUAUGUGAGGGUGUGGGCCUAGGUGAGACCAGCACCACAUACUUGUACGCUAGCACCAGCGCUGUACAUCCAGGUGUGGGCCUGCCAUGCCUGUGCUGAGCCUUUGGCCUGGGCCUGCCACGUAUUUCAUUGUGUGACACCUGUCCCCUCUCCUCAACUCCUGCCAUCACCAGGCUGGUUUCCCUGUCAGAUGUGCAGGCCUCGCUGGUGCCUUGCAGUGCCAGCAGCUCACACAGUCUUACCUGUGAUCUGCUGGGACAGCUUGGCAGCAGCCCGCAUGGUGCUCACCAUGUGAAGGUUCCCACUACUGGGAGCAGGAACUCCUGACACCCUUUUUUUGUAAGUCCAAAAAAUACUCUCUGAAGCCCUAAUAUGGAGAAAUCAAAAAGCCAGAAUCAACCAAUCAAGUGGAAAAAAAAAAACACCAAACCAACCAACCUCUGACAUAUGUAGCUGUCACUCAAAGUUCUUUUGUUUUGCUCUUCAAAUUUUAAAUGUAAUACUCUGUCAGUAUUGAAAUGGGACUGCUUGGGAAAUGCAGGGUGAAAUUAAAGAAAAUAAUUUAUCUUUUUUGAAAUGUGUUACAAGAUUGUAGCAGUGCUUCAUGAGGUGUUGUCUUCUCUUACCACUUGACUUGUAGGGGCAUCACUGCCCAGCUGAGUAGGGGUGAAUUUGUGUUUUAGAGCUUUAGAAUGAAAAUAUUGGCAUGGACUUAAGUAAAAUUGUAUCUGUACAGUUCUCUUGUAUCAGAACUGUCUUGUGUUUCUAAUUCCAUGUAGUAUCAAACUUUCCUUCUGUCCAUUGCUUUAUUUGCCAAUAACUGAUGUGUGGUUUGUUUGGUCAGUCAUUUAUUCAAGAACCAUCUAACUUAGGCUAUUAGGAAUUUAGGAAAACUGUUAAGUAGUGUUACUGUAAACUCUGUAUCUACUGAAUCUUGUGCCAUAGCUCGUGUAACUGCAGUCAUGCAGCUUUGUGUUUGGAGUUUCUUUACUGUUCAUGUGUGGCACUGAAGAGAUCACAUUGCACAGCUGCAGGGUGCUGGUUUGGAAAUGGGAGACAACCAGGCUAUCGCAGACAGGACAGAGAGGUCUGGGAACACAUACAUGAGUAUCUUGAAAUAUGUCCUCCUUUGAGGUUGGAGGCAGGUCAUCAGUGUCUGGCAGUUUGGCGUGGUGCCUCGCAGGUGGUUUUUUUGUGUGCCGUUGGCUUUGUAGACUUUACUAGGUGCAAAAGAGAGUGCUAAAUACAACUCUGAGUCACCAAAACAGGAAUGGGAAGGUUCACAUCUAGAAUUUGAUCCCAAGUUAAAAGGUGAUGAAAAUGUGGUAAAUAAAUCCGUGAUAUUUCUCUAAUACCAUUUGAAGAACUAUUGUAGAUGUAGCAAACUUCAUUUUUUUAAUUUGAUGAAUGUUUAUUAUUCAUAGUUCUCAUUACCUAAAAUGAGAUAAUAGUUGUCCAUCUGAGAACAAAGGUACUGUUUUUGUUUCCCUAAGUUUCCAGCCUAGCAAAUGUUCGUAGCUGCUGGUCUGUGUCCCAUCCUCUUCCUAUGAUGCGUUGGUACAUGUAUGUGAAAACUACCUGGUUGCGUUCAAACUUCCAGGUUCUCUCUGUGGUUGUUUGCUUCUAGCGUAGGAACCCAACUGUUCUAUUUUCUUAACCAGUAAGUUCUCAUUAAGUUGUUUUAUUGCAGUUUCUUACAGUUUAGAUACAGAGCUUUGAGAAUUUUAAGGACGUAACCGGUUCAUGUGAGAGCAAAGAAGAACGGGAGCACUUUGUAUUUGAAGGUGAUGGUAUAUUUUUACUGAGAAUGAGCACAGCAAUCGUAAAAGAUUGUUGAGGCCAACUGCAGCAGGUGUUGUGUAAAACUUGAUGUAGUGCCUCUUGUAUGUGCAGAUUCUAGCUUGUGAUAUUACUGCUAUCUUUGUUGUAGAUGUUUCCCAUUGCGAGCUAAUACAGUGCCUAAUUCUUGUAUGAGAUUUUUUAGUAUGCCCAAGUCAGAAAUGGGAAAAGAAUACCUUUCUUAAUGUGCACCCUUGUUUGAACCUGAUCGUCUAAAAAGCAAGCGCUGUGGAGAACAGAGCAGAUUAAUGCUUGGGUGAUUGUUUUGUUUUAUUUCUGUUUUUCCUUGCCUAGAAUGGAAUUUCCCAUUAACUUACUCAAUUUUAAAAGGAGAGAGAAUCAAUAUCCUUAAGGACAGGCUGUAUUUAUUUAUUAUUAUCUCCAUUCAAAUAACAAGUAUGUUCUUUUUUUUAAUUUUUUUUUCCCUUCAGCAGAUUCUUCUUCAGCAAGCUGAAAUAAGCUUGCUUCUUUGUAAUAAUUUUGUUUUGUGAUAGGUAUUGAUAUUGCCUUGCAUUUUCCUCGAAAUGCUUACAGAAUGCCAGGAAAGACUGGUGUAUGUGUAUGUAUCGUGGUCAAAGUGAGGUCUGUGGAAUUUUGCUACCUGGAGAAAGGAGAUGAUGAAAAUAUGGCUGGCUUAAAUAACCCUCUGCGCUUCCUGUGUUCUUCAUGUAAGGUCUCGUUCCUUCAGUUCUUUCCUGAGCAGAUCACCAGAAGGUGCCAGCAGGAAGAUCUUGGUAACCAGUCAUUCCCAGGGGUGGCCAUGUUCACGUGAAGUAUUUAGAAGACUCUGUGUCCAACUUUCUAUACUGCCCAGUGAAGAAACAUGUUUCAGGUAACCUCUUCCUUUACAUUUAUUGUUGUGCAUGUUACAUUAUGAUCUCCAUUCUCCAGGAUAACUUUUUAUUGAAAAAAAUCAUGUUGAAAUACUACUGUAAUGUAACAAGAUUCAUAGCUUAUGUAUAAUACCUUAUUUUCUGUAAUGAUUGAUCUGUUUAAGAUCAUUCUCAAUGACCAUAAACUGUCAGCUUGGAUCUUCUGAUCAUGCAGUCCUUCCAGUGCUUUGGUCACUGGGAAUUAACUUGGAAUUUUUAAGUUUUCUUAUUCAAUUUAUCUUUGGUGUGUGGAAGAGUUCUGACUUUUAAAGAGAAAAUUCAUUGCAUAUAUAGUGGUGUAAAAUGUGUUUAAAUCAAUUGGGAAUCCACUAAUGCAUUUGUCACACAACACUCUGUCAUUACUAGCUCAUUCUUUAAAUUAACUUUAUAGCUGGUGCACACUGAUCUUCCAGUCAUAUACUUUUGUUUUUUUUUUUUUACCACUUUGUUCUUGGACAAAGAAUGUAUGUUUUCCUGUCCUCAGUUUUUUCUCAUUUCUAUGGUUUUUUGUUCUUUGUAAUUUUUUUUUCUUUUUGAAAACAAGCUCCAAACUUCAGCCUUUCAUAAAAGAUAAGCGCAGGAAAGAGUGGGAGAAGUUCAACAUGAUGAAAUACCAGCUCAGCUUUCUUCAUGUGUGUAGUUAAAAAAAAAAAAAAAAAAAGCCUACAUAGCAAAACAUGUCGAGAGCAUCAGAACAGUGCUCCUUAAGCUGAAAUGGCUGUUUUGGGUAGCUCAAAAACUCAGCAAAAGGUUACUCUUCUCAGUAUCAUCACGAGAUGUUCUGGUCUACGUGCUGUCAAAUGCUGAGCAUCCCAGUGGUUAAUAUUAACAAACAGUCAAUUUUAUAUAUGGUGUGGGGACACACUCGCUUUUUUGCAUGUAUGAAGUGUGUGUGAAGUCUUGAUGAGCUGUUUGGUCAUUAGGAAUAGUGCUGUUAGCAGGAUCCGCCGUUCCCCACAUCACUCUCUUAGACACUGAGCUUACACAAAAAAGUUGGUCACAUUAUAGUAAAAAUGUUCUAAAAUCAUCCAUCUUAUUAAGUACUUCAAAACCUGUGUCACAGUUUCAGAUAUAUCAUUUUGCUAAUCCUGUUGAUGAAUAUUGCAGAUAAUACAACAUACGGUUGCCAGGUUCGUACUGCUGAUUUUCCCAUACCUUGAGUUCCAGCUUUUUAUAUAGCUGUUUGCUUGCAAACAGAGGAAUGGAAACACGUCAAGUUCACAAAAAAGCAUAAUCUGGUUGUGUAUUGCAUUAGAAUUUUUUUUUUUCCUGUUUUUCUCCCAUUCAGUAUCCUUGCAGCAUAUAACUUAAUUUGGAAAUGAAGUACUGGAGCUGUGAUGGCAAAACAGUUCCCAGAGCAAUGGAUGAACUUCAUAGCCUGGACCCAAGAAGACAAGAAUUGUUAGAGGCAAGAUUCACAGGAGUAGUAAGUGGCAGCACUGGGAGUACUGGAAGUUGCAGUGUUGGAGCUAAAGCCUCAACAAAUAAUGAAAGUUCGAACCACAGUUUUGGAAGCUUGGGAUCUUUAAGUGAUAAAGAAUCAGAGACUCCAGAGAAGAAACAGUCAGAACCUUCCAGAGGAAGAAAAAGAAAAGCAGACACUCAGAGUGAAAGCAGCCAAGGAAAGAGUAUUGGGGGACGUGGCCACAAGAUUAGUGACUAUUUUGAGUACCAAGGUGGAAACGGCUCUAGUCCAGUUCGAGGUGUACCUCCUGCAAUCCGAUCUCCUCAGAAUUCACAUUCCGCCCCUUCUUCUGUUCGACAGAAUAGUCCUUCUCCUACUUCAUUAGCUUUUGGGGACCACCCUACCACGCAACCAAAGCAGUUAUCUUUUAAAAUUACUCAGACUGAUCUCACAAUGCUGAAAUUAGCUGCACUAGAAAGUAAUAAAAAUCAAGACUUGGAAAAGAAAGAAGGUCGUAUAGAUGACUUACUCAGGGCUAACUGUGAUCUUAGAAGACAAAUAGAUGAACAACAAAAGCUACUUGAAAAAUAUAAGGAAAGGUUAAACAAAUGUAUUUCAAUGAGCAAGAAGCUUCUAAUUGAAAAGAGCACACAAGAAAAGCUGGCAAGCAGAGAGAAGAGCAUGCAAGACAGAUUACGCCUGGGGCAUUUUACAACAGUUCGUCAUGGUGCUUCAUUUACUGAACAGUGGACAGAUGGCUUUGCAUUUCAGAAUCUUGUAAAGCAGCAAGAAUGGGUGAAUCAACAAAGGGAAGACAUUGAAAGGCAAAGAAAGCUCCUGGCCAAGAGAAAGCCACCAACUACAAAUAAUUCUCAGGCACCAUCUGCCAAUUCUGAACCCAAGCAGAGGAAAAAUAAAGCUGUGAAUGGGGCAGAAAACGAUCCCUUUGUUAGACCCAAUUUGCCACAGCUUUUGACUCUAGCAGAGUAUCACGAACAGGAAGAAAUUUUCAAACUUCGAUUAGGACAUCUCAAGAAGGAGGAAGCUGAAAUACAAGCAGAACUUGAACGUUUGGAAAGAGUUAGGAAUCUUCACAUCAGAGAACUGAAAAGAAUAAAUAAUGAAGAUAAUUCACAGUUUAAAGAUCACCCCACAUUGAAUGAACGGUAUUUGUUACUCCACUUACUUGGCCGAGGUGGCUUCAGUGAAGUAUACAAGGCUUUUGAUCUUUAUGAACAAAGAUAUGCUGCUGUGAAGAUUCACCAGCUUAACAAAAGCUGGAGGGAUGAAAAGAAAGAAAACUACCACAAACAUGCCUGCAGAGAGUAUAGAAUACACAAAGAACUGGAUCACCCCCGGAUAGUUAAAUUAUAUGACUACUUCUCCUUGGAUACAGAUACGUUUUGCACGGUGUUAGAAUACUGUGAAGGCAAUGACUUGGAUUUCUAUCUCAAGCAACAUAAAUUGAUGUCAGAGAAGGAAGCUAGGUCCAUUGUAAUGCAAAUAGUAAAUGCACUACGGUAUCUCAAUGAGAUCAAGCCCCCUAUUAUACACUAUGAUCUUAAACCAGGUAAUAUUCUUCUUGUAGAUGGAACAGCAUGUGGAGAAAUAAAAAUUACUGAUUUUGGCUUGUCCAAAAUAAUGGAUGAUGAUAGCUAUGGUGUGGAUGGAAUGGAUUUAACUUCACAGGGAGCAGGAACUUACUGGUACUUGCCUCCAGAGUGUUUUGUAGUUGGCAAAGAGCCACCAAAGAUUUCUAAUAAGGUUGAUGUAUGGUCAGUUGGAGUAAUCUUUUUCCAGUGUCUUUAUGGUAGAAAGCCAUUUGGCCACAAUCAAUCACAGCAAGAUAUCUUACAAGAAAAUACAAUAUUAAAAGCCACAGAAGUCCAGUUCCCUGUUAAGCCUGUUGUUAGCAAUGAAGCCAAGGCCUUUAUCAGACGCUGUUUAGCAUACCGAAAAGAGGAUAGAUUUGAUGUCCAUCAACUGGCUAAUGAUCCUUACCUUCUCCCUCAUAUGAGGAGAUCAAAUUCUUCAGGAAACUUACAUAUGACUGGGCUAGCAGCAUCCCCUACACCACCUACUUCAAGCAUUAUUUCAUACUGAAAUUUCUCCAGCUGAGGAAUGGCAUGAUAUCUUUGUGUAGUUUCCAGAUGCAGACUUGAGCUUGAGAACAUUUGGGUGUUUUUACGCAGGACGAGUUUGAUAACUGUGUUUUCAGGCUGAAGUCCUCCUACAUAGUGUUGUUGGUAUGAUUGAAAUGGGUCACGGACUGUGAAUAAAUAUGCCCUUCAGAGAACAACCUUUAAACGUUGAAGGAUGACACUGCCUGUUACACACUAACAGGUAUACUGUGUUUAAGACUGAAGAAAAGGUUUUUAGUUUUUUUCUGGGGAACAUUGUAAAUAAUCUUUUUAAUACUUAAAGUACAUUUGGUUGAUACUGGAAAGUUCUAACAUGAAGGGUAGUUUUUCAUUAUUUAAAAUUUUUAAAAAAGGUAGUGAACAAAUUUGAGAACAAGAAAAAUUCCACGUCUGCUUAAUAAACUCAAUGAACUGCCAUGUUUCCAAGACAUUGAUCUUCCGAAACCAAAGUAAGAAGUGCAAGACAGUCAAAGCUGUGUUCUACAUCAGAUUCCUCGAUGAAAUUAUAGUAUUUUAUUUGGCACUCAGGAUUUUACCUCCAAACGUGCGGUGUUCUUUCACAGGAUUUAGGUUGAUAGGGAAUUCCUGGUACUUAUUUCUCAAAUAGGUUGCUAAUUUUGAAAUAAGCUUAAUUUUCUAAAUAUGCUGUACUUGCUGUGGUAUUGAAACUUGUGAAAAUUUCCAGGCCUCUGAUAAAAGCAAACAACAGUAUGAAACCAAAUGCAAACAGUCAUGUAUAGUAUUCUAUGCAGGAAUAAUGAUAAAUUCCCUUCUAGCUCUAUUGUAAAUUGUUGUACAGAUGUCACAUUUUCAGUUAAAUUUCAGCAACUUAUUCCUGUACAAAUGUUUAAAGUAUGGCUUUUUCUAAUUGGAUAUUGUAUUUUUUUUAAGUCUCCCUCAAGGCGCUUUUAAUUGCUGCUAAACAAUGUUGCUUUUACUUCAGCAAAAGAAUCAGAUGACCUCCUUAAGGUGCAAGUAAACUGUACGUUAUAGAGAGACUGAGUAGGAAACUCAUUAACAAUCAAGGCAUGUAAAACCGAGCUGUGUUGGCCGUAUACAGUACAGUUCCGUAAGUCAAUUUAUUGCACUCUCAACCUGUAGAGUGCAUCAGUACUAGAUGUAGAAGUUGCUCAUGGCUAUUCUCUAUCUCUGGAAGUUCCUAUCAACAAGGAGAUGUUUCUUGUGGCUUGUACAGGUAUUUUAAAAUGUGAAACAUUUUCUAACUGCCUUGUAUGGUAGCGACUUAUUUUUCAAAACAGCGUAUCUCUCUCCAGUUCACUAUUCUUUUUACUGUCCCAUUCUGGAUGCUGAAUACUAUCUGUAAUUUUGUCCAUGUUUCAGAAAAAGGAGGCUGUUAUUACCACAGGUUUUCAUUUAGUAUUGUACAGUUAAACUGUUGCUCUUGUUUCUGAUGUUGCAAGCCAUUUUGUUUUCAUUGUAUAUAAAGGAACAUAACUGUCUCUUUAAGAUGCUGCUGAAAUUGUAGAGAAUGUAGCCAAAACAGUAAUAAACAAUGACAGUUGAAAUUUCAA